AUGAAAAUUGACGUAACAAACUUGCUGCAAUUAUAUGAAUUUUAUGAUGCAGGUUUUGAGCAGUUGUUGGUAAAAUAUGGUGUACAGAAUGUGAAAGAACUGAUGACAAAUUGUGUAUAUCUUGAAGAUGCAGGGAUAGAUGUGUGUGGUGUUCAUAUAUAUGGUUCGCCAUGGCAACCAAGAUUCUGUGACUGGGGAUUCAACCUUGACAGAGGGAUGGAGUGUUUAAAGAAAUGGAAUCUUAUACCAGAGAACACAGAUAUACUUGUGACCCAUGGGCCACCUAUAGGUCAUGGUGACAUGUGUUUUGAUGGAAAUAGGGCAGGCUGUGUGGAACUUUUGAGCACAAUACAGAAAAGAGUGAAGCCAAAAUACCAUAUAUUUGGACAUAUUCAUGAAGGUUAUGGUGUAACUACUGAUGGCCACACAACAUACAUCAAUGCAUCAACAUGUACUUUACGUUACAAACCAGACCAUGAACCUAUAGUGUUUGACAUUCCUAUACCUGAAGGACAUGAGAAAGAUGAAUUACUUAAAAUAACUCCACAGAGAUUGAUAAGGUCUUAACAAUAGAAAUGUGUCCUGCCCCCAUUUCGCCUAAUUUCUUUUAGUCCCACCCAAUCUCUUUCCUGGUUUUCAGCCAGUCUCUAUCUUAGGGUCAGAGAUCCUAUGUAGAUCAGGAUUCAACAUCAUAUGCUAUAAUGUAGAAUAAGAAAUUGUGCUAAACAAAAAGAUCAGUUUUGAUUAUUUCUAUUCAAACUGAAAUUAAACCUUAUAUUGUCACCUCUUUACGGGUCAAGUCCUUCUAAAUUUGAUAGGAGAUAACCAGUUAAUGCACUAAGAUGACAAUAUGCAAAAAAAUAUCAAACACUUGCUGCUGUUACACACUAGAAUAUCUGGCUCUCAAAGCACUGUUUAGUGGUAAAUGGGCAGAGCCUUGUUUAAUUGACCCUCCUGCCAAAUAUUUUAAUCUGUACUGGUAGCUGAUGUAAGAUUGUUACAAAAAUAUUUAGCUUUAUAAAGUGUAACAAAUGAACUUUGAACAGCCUUUGUGAUCUGAUUAAUUAAAUGUAAAUCAUUAUUGGAUGCAAUCUUAACAAAUUAGCCUCGUACAAAAAUUCCAUAUCAUAGCACUAUUCUAUUGCAUAUCAAAUCACUAUUGUACUAUAUCUAACCAUAUUUUAAUUUUUUAAGUCCAAAAAAAUCAUAUUAAAUCCUUAUUGUACUAUUAGUAACAAAGUUUUGUCAAAAUGUCACAAAUUUAGUGAUUCGAAAUAAAGAUACAAAACUGAAUUCUACUGGACAAGAACAUAGCUGUCAAACUUGUAUUGGACGAGGUGCUAUGUAUGAGUCCAAUAGAACUCAGUAUUGGACUCGACAGCAUAUAAGAAUCUUGGCUAUAAUUUUAUCAGUCAUGAAUAUGAAUAUUUUCACAUUGAAUCAAUAUUGUUGAAAUGGUAAACGGGUAUUUUAUGUCAUAUAUCAGUUGUAAUCAAACCAAUACAAUCUUAUCACUUGUUGACCUUUGUAUAUAUGUAAAUAUAAUACAAUAUUACCCAAUAUUUCAUCGUAUGUAAACUGAAUUAACCUCUUAGCUCUGUGAUAAAUUUCAUCUGUUCAUAGUUAUUUUUCAUUACUUUUAGUUCAAUAUUUAAUAAAAAUAAACAUAUUUGAUAUUAUAAUUUCAAUGUUUGUUAUAGAUAUGUUAUUGAGUAAUACUUAAUAUGAAUAUUGAACUUAAUAUUUAUAAUGAAUAUAAGGCUUAAUAUUUCAACUGAAUUAAGACAAAUACAUGUACAUGUAUUGAACACAAUAUUAUUCAAUAAAAUUUAAUUACAAUGUGUAUUUAUUUUGAAUAAAUAAUAUCUAUAUUGAAUACUGUUCUAAUGAUCAAUAAAACAUAUUUUUUCCAUAUUCCUUAUUAUAAGUUAUUUAAUUUUAUAAUAUUAUCAAAUUUAAUAUACUGGUAUAUGUAUGUUUUAGGUAUUAAGCCCUAUAUUCAAUAUAGAUUUUCAAUGUUUAGUUCAAUAUUAAGUUUAAAUGUUAACAUUUAAUUUCAGGUUCAAUAUAUGUGUAUACCAAUAUUUAAUGUUAAGUUCCAUAUGCAAUAUACACAAUGUACAUAAAUAUUUUUAGCAUAAAGUUAGUUUAGCUUAAUAAUAUUUUAUUGCUCUUUGAAUACAAUUUUUGGAACAUUAUUUUCACAUAACAACAAUUUUAACAAUGGGCAAAUGGAUUGAACAACAAGUUCUAGCGUUAAGUUCACAUUUUAAUUUAAACAUUUGAUAUUUAGUUCAAUAUUCAAUUUAAAUAUUUCAUAUUUUUGGUACAACUAUGUUACUGACAGUUAAAAAUGCUAUGUGAUAUGUUAAUGUAUAAACUAUUCUUUUAGAGCUUUUUUUUAUAUAAAUUACUUAAUAAACUUGCUAAAAAA